AUGCAACGUGGCACUUCAAUCGGCUAUUUGAGCACGUAUCUGGAUGAUAUAACCUCACUUCUUGACACGGCAACGGUGUUUUUCCUCCAGAGCUCGAGGUCCCCCGUCGAAACACGAGCCUGGUUUGUUCUACAGGCGUUCCUAUGGGCAGAGUGGCAUCAGACUAUGCUGAUUCAACUUUCGUACGAUUCAAAAAUCCAGAUGGAAACGGGGACUGCUUUUGAUCAGCAUAGCUUCCAUAUGGCAAUGCCUGGGCGAGAAAAAAUCGGAAAAUCGCGACCAGACUAUAUGUGCAAAUGGGCUUUUGAGCUCCUUCGAACUGACCUCAGCUCGGUGACGCAAGAUUUUAGAAGAAUGUUUGAGGUCUAUAAUAUUCAUUUUGCAAAUCGUACUUCGCGAUGCAAUCUGAAGCCGGAGUCUACUCGUAAUGGUAGCCGUGGCAGGAUCUGCGAUGGAAAGGCGCCAGGAAAUUGUCAGCGAUUCGAGUCCGAUGAUGUCCAGGAGCAAUCCGCCCAUGACGUUGAAUGUCCUGGCUCUACUUGCAGUCGCUUAACCUGGGAUGAACAAUCGUACAAAGGUAUCAAAGGAGCGAGGGCGGUGUCUUUGAAAGAGACUGAUGAAAAGUAUAUUCGAUACUGUCCAGUAACUGCACAGAACAUGGCUGUGUCUCAUGUGUGGAGUCAUGGGCAAGGAGGGCGGCCUGAGUCUGGCUUUAACAGUUGUCUACACCGCAGAUAUACUAAGCUCGCGCAGACAUUAGGCUGCACGUCGUAUUGGAUGGAUAGCCCCUGUAUCCCCACAGAUAUGGAUCUGCGUUACGAGGCAAUGGGUCAAAUCAAUAACAACUUCCUGAAUAGCAAGGUUACUUUGCUAGUCGACCGCGACCUUAUGGAAAUUAGUAUAGAUCCACCCUCUCUAGAGGCAAAAGAGGCGAUAGUGGCAACUAUUGUUGUAUGUGACUGGAAUGUUCGUGCCUGGACGCUCUUGGAAGGCAUGCGAUGCAGCUGGAACCUCCACAUCUUGUGCAAAGACAACCAUACUAUAUCUCUGAGAAAUGUCCUUAAUGAUGUGCUAGCAUACAGCAGUCUCACUCUUGUAUCUCCAUGCUUGACUUUGCAUCACUACAUCUCCACUACCGAUCGCCCGGCAGAAGGUGAGAUACCCCCGGUCCCAAUAGAGCGGGCGACGUGCCUCUUGAACCACAGACACGCCACCAAAGACCGAGACGUAACUCUGAUCUGGAGUCUGGUGUGCGGCUCCAAGAUGUUCAAGACGUCUGUGGACUUUUGGAAAUCCGCGGUUGGAAAUUCGCUAUCAACCAAAUUUCUCGUCUCCAGCUGUCCACGUCUACAGGGAGAGUAUGGAUUCGGCUGGGCACCAUCACGCCCGAAUCUCCUACCACCCACGGCUGGUACCCCACAAACAGAACAGUAUCCUGCAUAUGAUGGAAACGAUAGCGUAGCAGGUUUUAUCACUGAACGAGGCUUUGAAGCGACAUGGCUAGCUUGCGUUAUCGGUCGCUCCCGAGCCCUGCCCACAUGGCUGCGUUUGAAGUACCACGACGCUGAACUCGGUGAAGGUUUUACCUACAACAAAGGCGCAACUGAUAAGCUGGACAUGAGAAGCCUUUACAAGAUCCGUUCCGUGAUCGCACCUGUCUUGAAAAAGUAUCCCGAGGUUGCUCUUUUGCUUCCUUCUGCCAGAGAUCGUGGAGUCAGUGGACCAAGUUUCAUUCCUCGCCCAUUCCAGUACCAAGGUGCAGUUAAGGGACCAUUGCUAGUAAUUGCAGGUUCCGAGGACGGUGAAAAGUGGGAGUGGCAGUUCGCGCAUGAAUGGGAUCCGAGCUAUCAAUUGCCAGAAUUUGCGGUAAGGGAGUUGUUGCUGGUUUAG